AUGGACAGCAGCAGUGAACCUCUGGGUGGAGGCGAGGAUGAGGCGGCGUGCACGUCGGCCUCAGAGGGUCUGGAGGAGGGCGAGGUGGAGGGGGAGACCCUGCUGAUCGUGGAGUCGGAGGAUCAGGGCUCGGUCGACCUGUCACAUGACCAGAGCGGAGACUCUCUGACCAGCGACGUGGGCGAGGAGGCGGAGGGAGGCUGGGCCGGCGAGGACAUGAGCUUCUACUGCGACCGCUGCCACAAGUGGGUCCCUGCAGCUCAGCUCCGUGGGGAGCAGCCCAGCUACCUGAAAGGAGAUAACUUCUUUAAGUUCACCUGCUGCGACUGCUCUGAGGACGCCAAGGAGAUCUUUGAGAGGAUGAGACUCACCUGGCAGCAGGUGGUGAUGUUGGCCAUGUAUAACCUGUCUCUGGAGGGGACCGGUCGUCAAGGUUACUUCAGGUGGAAGGAGGACAUCUGUGCUUUCAUUGGCCGACACUGGAACUUCCUGCUGGGAACGAGGAAGAAGACGUCGACGUGGUGGAGCACGGUCGCCGGCUGUCUCUCCGUCGGUAGUCCCACCUUCUUCCGCUCCGGCGCUCAGGAGUUUGGGGAGCCCGGCUGGUGGAAGCUGGUCCAGAACAGACCGCCAACCCUGAGACCCGAUGUGGACAAAUCCACCACCAAGGCUAAAGUGACCAAACCGUCCGUGGACCCGAUCAUCACCGUGGAGGGUCUGAGGAAACGCGGCGCGAGGAACCCGGUGGAGAGCGCCAUACAGCUGAAGGAGAAACGCUCUCGCACGCAGGAGGCCAAAGACAUCCGUCGGGCUCAGAAGGAGGCGGUCGGAGGAUACACCGACCGCAGCGCCUCCUCCACGCCCGUCAAACUGGGCGGCGCUCGCGGCGGGGGUGCUGGACGGCGUCCGGACCUGGUCCUGGAGAAAGGGGAAGUCAUAGAUUUCUCCUCGCUCAGCUCGUCAGACCGCACGCCGCUCACCAGCCCGUCUCCGUCGCCUUCACCUGACUUCUCCGCCCCGGGGACGCCAGCCUCUCACUCGGCCACGCCCAGCCUUUUGUCAGAGGCUGACCUCAUCCCGGACGCCAUGCCGCCGCAGGCCCUGUUCCACGAUGACGAGGAGAUGGAGGCGGACGGAAUGAUCGACCCGGGGAUGGAGUACCUUCCACCUCCCUCCGCCCACCUCGCCGCGCGCAAGAAGCUCCGCCCAGCGCCGCCUCACAUUAAACGUGAAGCGGACAGCGAGGACGAUGAACGGCGUGGACGUGAGGACGACUUCGAGGAGCCGGCGGGGCGUGGCGAGGGUCCGUCUCUCUCUGCGGCGGGUGUCGGUGCCGGGGGGGCGGAGAGAAGGAGAAUAACUCACAAUGAGAAAUCGGACGGAGUGGGCGGAGUUUCGCAGACGCCUCGCUUCACCUCGCUCAGUCUGUACGAGGAGAGGAUGCUGCUGCGGCGGCUGGACGCCUGCCCGCUCGCCCUCGCCGUCACCCCGCAGGCCAAACGCCUCCACAGGAAGCUGCUGGUCCGCCAGGCCAAGAGGCAGAGAGGGCUCCCCUUGCUGGACGUCGACCGAGCUGUCAGCGCCACCCUCAGCCUGGUGGGCGGGAUCUACGGCGCUCAGGAGGCGGGGCUUCUCACAAGGGGGGGAAUCAUGGGAAAGUACUGCACCAACAGUCAGGAGCUGCGGAUUCUCGACCGCUUCCAGACCAAGUUGGCGAGCAGACGUGGCGUGCAGCAGAACUCGCUGACCUUCUGGAAUCGUCUGAUGGGCGCUGAAGGAAGUUUGGACCAGAGCAUUAAGAGUCCGUACACCUCGCGCAUCCUCAAACCCUUCAUCAGGAGGGAUUAUGAGAGUCGUCCGCCCAAGAUGAGGUUGCUGUCAGAGAUCAGAGCUCGCCCUCACAGGAACGACCCUGAUUGGCUCCCUGAAGCCAACGCCCCCAUCGACUACUGCUACGUGCGGCCCAACCACAUCCCCUCCGUCAACGCCAUGUGUCACAACGGCUUCUGGCCAGGUGUGGACCUGUCAGAGUGCCUGCAGUACCCGGACUUCAGCGUGGUGGCGCUCUAUAAGAAAGUGGUGAUUGGUUUUGGUUUCAUGGUGCCUGACGUGAAGUACAACGAGGCGUACAUCUCCUUCCUGCUGGUCCACCCCGAGUGGAGGAGGGCCGGCGUCGGGACCUUCAUGAUCUACCAUCUGAUCCAGACGUGUAUGGGAAAAGACGUGACCCUGCACGUGUCGGCCAGUAACCCCGCCAUGCUGCUCUACCAGAAGUUUGGCUUCAAGGCGGAGGAGUACAUCCUGGACUUUUACGAUAAAUAUUAUCCAGUGGACAGCGCAGAGUGCAGACACGCCUUCUUCCUCAGACUCAGACGAUGAGUCCACCAGGUUAGGACCCUCGGGACCGGCUGGAGGUCCCCCCCCCCCCCGCUGAAGCCUGAUCAGUCCAGAUACUGAACCAGCAGUCUCAACUGUGUGAUGUCAUCAUGAUUAUUUAACUGCUCCUCGAUCUGGCAUCGUCUUAUUGGAUGACCUGAAGCAGCCAAUGAGAGCGAGCAGACCGGAUGCUGCGUCACAGCUCACAAACAUGACAGUGAACAUAAACACAACCGAGCCCCGAUCCGAGGGGAAAUACUGAAGAAGAGGAGCAGCUUGUGUUACUAUGGCAACAACACAAGAGUCUUUAUAAUGUCUCACCACGUCCAUCGUCCUCCAUGUUUGUUUCUCUCCUGAAGUCGUGUUUGAUCUCGUGUCUAGUUUGCGUUCAGAGGAUUAUAAAGUUGGAACAUUUGUUGAAUCUGUACUUUUGUUCAGUUUAACAGUAAAUCUGUUUUUCUUUGACCUUUA